UAAUCAUAAUUCAGACUCCUUUCCUUUUGUUUGCGCAACCAUUUCACCGACCGAGGCCUCGACCCAUCGGCCUGCUCAUGACAAGGAAUGCCAAAGCAGCCAUCCAUCGCACGCCGAGUUCAGCGACCCGUCCCCUACAGCCUACGAACACCAACGACCAUGGUCACCAGCAUGCCUCCGACCAUGGCUCCAUGGAACCCCCCUCCAAUGCAUAGUCUGCAUUACGCAGACCACAGCCUGCAAUAUGGCCAACAACAGAUGAUGUCCAACUAUCUCCAAUCCGUCCCUAAUUCCAUGCCCCCUGUUCCCCACAUGCAGAGGGAAGUGAUCCCGCGCCCGGGCCAGAGUGGUCCUUGGAAUGGCGAGGAGGACAAUAUCCUCUUGGAUGCCAAGGGUCGAGGAUUGUCCUGGGAGGAGAUCCACAGGCGCUACUUCCCCAACAAGUCGGCCAACGCAUGUCGGAAGCGACACGAGAGGGUGUUGGCCAAAAUGCGCGACACCGACUGGGACGAGGCAAGGAUCCAGAGGGUGACAGACGCGUACAACCGGCACAGGCAUUCCAUAUGGCUACCUCUCUGCAAGGAACUUGGAGAGUCCAUGUCCGAUGUGGAGAAAGUGAUGUUUCAACAGGGGCUUCGAAACCUGAGGAACCCUUCUCGCCCCAGCCAUGCACGAAAUCGAUCACGAGCAAGUUCUGGUCAGGGAGGUGUGAGCGACUAUGAACGGGGCUCAUCACUUGACGAACAAUACGACCAUACCGACGACAGCGGGAUCAGCCUCGGGAACACCGUACAUAGCCGACGUGCCAGCGAGAUCACGACUGGUCUAUCGACAGAAAGUCUUCCCCCAGUCAACCGCCUUCUCUCCGAGACUGGAUACGGGUACACAGCAUGAACACAGCUAAGACGGGGCUGGUCUGGAACUGAAAAAG